UCUUCUUGUCCCAAUACCACUGCAAUUUGCAAACACAGCUUCAAUCCAAUUCCCCAAAACCUAUUAGAAAAUUCUGAAAAUCCCACCAAACAAAGGAACAUCAAGAAAGACAAAAGGCAGUCCAAGACAACAAAGCAAAACCCUCUUCUUCUUCUUGUUCUUCAAUCAUUUCCAUUUUAUACACAAAAAACCUCAAGAGAAGCUUUACUAAUAAAAGAAGUAGAGAAACAAGAAAGAUAUGGUUUUCUCUGUUUCUCUAUUUGCCUCUCUCGCACCUUACGUCGUCUCAGCAUUACUCCUCUUCCUUCUCAUAGAGCAACUCUCUUACCUUGUCAAGAAACGCAACCUCCCUGGUCCACUCUUUGUCCCUCCGAUCAUCGGAAACGCUGUUGCACUCGUCCGUGACCCUACUUCCUUCUGGGACAAGCAAUCCGCCACCGCGACCAUCUCAGGCAUCUCCGCCAACUACCUCAUCGGGAAAUUCAUAGUCUACAUCAGAGACACUGAGCUCUCUCAUCAAAUCUUCUCAAACGUUCGUCCAGAUGCCUUCCACCUCAUCGGACAUCCCUUUGGAAAGAAGCUCUUCGGUGAACACAACCUCAUUUACAUGUUCGGGGAGGAUCACAAAUCCGUCCGCCGUCAGAUCGCUCCUAACUUCAACCCCAAGGCACUCUCGACCUACUCUGCCUCCCAGCAGUUAGUUAUCCUCCGUCAUCUACAGAGAUGGGAGGAGAGUACCGCCGGAGGAUCUAAUCCGGUGUCGCUGCGACAGCUUGUCCGUGAAUUAAACCUCGAGACUUCACAGACGGUUUUCGUUGGAACGUACCUUGACAAGGAAGCCAAAAACAGGUUCCGUACUGAUUACAAUCUGUUCAAUCUCGGAGCCAUGGCUCUCCCCAUCGACCUCCCUGGCUUCGCGUUCGGUGAGGCUCGCCGGGCAGUAACUAGGCUAGCGGAGACGCUCGCCAUUUGCGCCGGAAAAUCAAAAGUGCGGAUGGCUGCAGGAGACAAACCAACAUGCCUAAUCGAUUUCUGGAUGCAGGCGAUCGUCGAGGAGAGUCCACCGCCGCCGCACUCCGGAGACGAAGAUAUCGGCGGCUUGCUCUUCGAUUUUCUAUUUGCCGCGCAAGACGCAUCCACAUCAUCACUACUAUGGGCAGUGACGCUUCUUGAGUCGGAGCCGGAAGUGCUGAACAGAGUAAGAGAGGAAGUAGCCAAGAUCUGGUCGCCUGAGUCCAACGCAUUGAUCACCGUCGAUCAGCUGGCGGAGAUGAAGUACACGCGUUCCGUGGCGCGUGAGGUGGUGAGAUACAGGCCUCCGGCAACUCUGGUCCCUCACGUCGCAGCUACAGACUUCCCUCUCACGGAAUCGUACACUAUCCCUAAAGGAGCACUUGUCUUGCCUUCUGUUUUCGACUCUUCGUUUCAAGGGUUUACUGAACCGGACCGGUUCGAUCCUGACCGGUUUAGCGAGACAAGGCAAGAGGACCAGGUGUUCAAGCGCAACUUCCUAGCAUUUGGAUGGGGGCCUCACCAAUGCGUGGGGCAGCGUUACGCGUUGAACCACUUGGUGCUCUUCAUCGCAAUGUUCUCGUCUUUGUUUGAUUUCAAGAGGCUUCGAUCAGACGGCUGCGAUGACAUCGUGUACUGCCCUACGAUAUCACCCAAGGAUGGCUGCACCGUGUUCUUGUCUAGACGCGUCGCAAAGUAUCCCAACCUCUCUCUCUCCCUUUAAACUGAUCCAGUUGGAUUUUUCUUAAAAUUUAUUGGCGAUCAAAGUCAAAAGUGUGAUUUUACUUGAAGUUUAAGUUUAUUUGCUUUUCGUGAUGUGUCUCUCGAAGUGAGAAGACAUGUCAUUUGCUUUACUUUUACCAUGCACGCAUGUUUUCACCAUAUCUCUGUUUGUGUUGUUGUCUUUUACUUCUUUAAUUUCUUUUUCAGUUUCUUUUGUCUCAGUGAAUCAGUGAUGUUAUAACGUGCUUCAUACUAUGUUUAGUUGUUUAGUUUUUGCCGUCGUUUAUUUAAAUGAAAAAAGCAUACCAGUCGUUAACCUUA